GGAACUUUACAAACUCUUCCUCUGAGACUUUGAAGGCAGCAAUCUGAAAACCAAGGUUCAUCAUGGAAAUCCUGAGAACUCUGCUUUUUCUUUGCAUUGUGUUCUCCAAUGCAGAGGGUAAUUUGGCUGAAAAAUGCCCUUAUGGAUGGAAAAAUUUUGGAGUCCGAUGCUUCAAGUUCUUCCCUCAGACGGUUAACAUGAUCACAGCAGAGAGAAACUGCCAAAGUCUUGACUCAAAUCUGGCAUCUGUGCAAAAUAAAAUGGAAAACGAUUUUCUGAUGAGUCUGUUGCCACCUUCUUCCACGAACUUUUGGAUUGGUGCUUAUGAUGCUAUACAAGAAGGACAGUGGCUGUGGACUGAUGGAACUCCAUAUGACUACACUUACUGGUGUUCUGGUGAACCUUCUGGCGGUGUUUCAGAAAACUGUGUGGUGAUUAACUGGAGGUCUAACGUUUGCUGGGUUGAUAUAUCCUGUGCGACUUCAGCGAGUUAUUUUUGUGCUAAAGACCUGUGAGAUCAUAUGCAGUCGUCCUGCUCCACAGUUACUUUGAUUGUACUACAUUUACUUUUUUUUGUAUCUCAUGUUUACAAAUUAAAAAAUAAAGCUAUUCUGAAAUUAAGCUUCAUUUAAAUUUCUUCUAAACUGUAAUUCUUCUCAAUACCUUCUCUGAAACUCUUGCAAUCACAUAAAUAAAAAUAAAUUAU